CGGUUCUGCAGACCUAUGGUUGCGCGCACGCCGUGCCGUGCGCCGCAAAUCAGGCGGCCGGAGCCGGCGGGUGCAACCCGCCCCCGUGUGGCUGGGGCUCCCGGGGCCGUCCGCCGCUGUCAGUCGGAGUCAAGACCGGGGAAGGUGCGGGUCUGCGCGGACGGGCGGCCGGCUAAGAGGCACACUGCCCCUCCAGUUUCAGCCGGGGCUGGUAUCCAUUUCGACUGCCCCCCUCCCCGCGCCCCCUGCCCCCCGUCCUCUUAAAUGACCGCAAGCGGGCGAGCCCCCUGAAAGCAAGGAAAAGAAAAUACAAACAAACAAAAAAAGGAGAUGUUAGAGCCACUUCGGUCUGUGCGAGGGCCAUCCGAACAUUUCUGAAUGUAGGGCUGUGAGACCGAUGCCUGCCAGUUAGCCGGACUGCGAUAGCGAGAGUGUCUUGCACGGUCAGCGGGCAUGUCCGCGUCAGCUACAAACCCGUCUCACCAGCAGCAGCAGCAGCAGAGAAUGAGACGCGGCAAUGCGGCGUCCCCCACCUCCGCCAACAACAGCAGUAGCAGCAGCAACGGCAGCACCCGGCUGCAGCCCAUCCGCGCCACCGUGCCCUACCAGCUGCUGCGGGCGAACCAGCAGAGCCCGACCCGCUCCCCCUCCUCCUUUUCGGUGGGCAGCAACACGGGACCGGCGUCCUCCCGCUGCCCCAGCCCGCCCAGCCCGACGCCGCUGCUCUCCAACCCGGGGGCCGGCGGCUCCGCGGAGGGCAGGCUGAUCGGGAGGCACCGGCGGUCCCCCGACAGCAAGAGCUCGCCCGAGAGGAGCCCGAACUCGCCCGUCUACAGAGUUGAGAGAGCAAAAUCGCAGCAGAUCAGAAGCUCCAGCUCCAUCAGGCGGACUUCCUCUCUGGACACAAUAACAGGACCUUACCUCACAGGACAGUGGCCUCGUGACCCCCAUGUGCACUAUCCUUCAUGCAUGAAAGACAAAGCCACACAGACUCCCAGUUGCUGGGCUGAAGAAGGAGCUGAAAAGAAGGGCACACAUCAGCGGUCAGCAUCGUGGGGAAGUGCUGACCAGUUGAAAGAGCAGAUCGCGAAGCUGCGGCACCAGCUGCACCGCAGCAAGCAGAGUGGGCGUCACGGCAAAGAGAAGGACCGCCACUCCCCGCUCCCCGGCAACCACGCGGCCGCCAGCCAGACUCAGGCAGCUGUGCCCAGGUCUGUCCCGAUGCCAUUGUCAAACAUUCCAGUGCCAAAGUCAGCCAUUUCCAGGGUCCCGAGCAGCAUGGAGGGCAUAAAUCAUGAGCUGGAGAAGGUCUUCAUCAGAGACAGCGGAGAGAAGGAGGUGGGUAUAAAGCCCCUGGACGUGCCCGACGGCCGGCGCGCGCCAUUCCCGCCCCAGUGCCGCAGCAGCAGCAGCAGCACCCGCAGCGUGGACACGCAGACGCCCUCCGUGCAGGAGCGCAGCAGCAGCAGCCGCAGCAGCAGCCACUCGCCCUGCUGCCCGCCGGGGUCCCAGGACGGAAGCCCGUGCUCGGCGGAGGACCUCCUGUACGACCGGGACAAAGACAGUGGGAGUAUUUCACCCCUGCCUAAGUUUGCCUCCUCUCCUAAACCAAACAACAGCUACAUGUUCAAACGAGAACCCCCAGAGGGAUGUGAGAGAGUCAAGGUCUUUGAGGAAAUGGCGUCUCGUCCAUCGAGCUCAGUCCCACUGUUUUCAUGUCCCGACAAAAACAAGGUAAACUUCAUCCCCACGGGCUCGGCGUUCUGUCCCGUGAGACUGCCCGGCUCCUCGCUCCUCGUGACCCCUCCUGGCCCCGCGUUCACGGGGCCCCCCGGCCCGGCCCCCACGCCCAGCGCCGGCCAUAGCGCAGCCCCGACCACUGUGACUGUCGGGCAGGUCUCCUCUCAGGUCUCGGUCCACACCAGCACGGCGGACUCCCCCGAAGGCCUCGCCCAGCCUCCGGCGCGACGGCUCUCCCCGGCACUUCAGGAGUCGACGCCAGACGAGCUCUCGGCCUCUCAGAGCUACGCGGCCCUUUAGUCCCCGGCAGAGCGGGGCCUCUGCCUCCUCCUGAGGCCGUCUUGCUAAAUUUAACAUCUGCAUGGAGUAGCGACAAUGUCCAGAACAAAACCUUUUAGUGUUCUUAGCAUAUCGGUAAACACUGUUCUUGGCAGGGAUAGAAUUCAUCUCCUUUAACUCUGUAAUAAGCAGUAACGCUUGCAUAAAACAAGAAACAAAGACAUGCUACAUGCUUCAUUAAAUGUUUUAAUUGGAAUUGGAGGGAGGGGGGAGGGUUGUUGGGGGUGAGUAAUGCAUCUCAUAUCAGUAGUACGUUUAAAUAUAUAAGUUCUGUGUCCUGUGUUCUGUUUCCACAUCCACAGUCUGAAUAAGCUCUAUAUCAAAACAACAAAAAAAAUGCCUGUCUAAAUUGAAACUGUGUAUUGCUGUGUCAGUUAUGUAAUGGGGGAAAAAAAAUGCUGUACUUUUCAGGAUUAUGUUUACACUCAAUCCAGGUUAUGUUUCUAAACUUCUCUAGACAUACAAUGCAAAAAAAGAAAACGAAAAAAGAAAAAAAAUGGCCACAACCAUUGCACAGUGCCCUCUUCAGGCUUAGCUUCAGGUAUUUCUUUCGAAGUCUUAACUCAGGUAAUUUGGAAUGUAUCUGUGUAGAGAUGUAUUGAAUCUGUGGCUUUCAAAGCUUAAGGAGUUAACAAUAAGCAUCACUCUCUUGCCUUUCCUUUUUGUACAUCGGUCUUUUCUCAUGACAUUCCAUGUUCUUGGAAUAAGUGCUUUCUGAUCUAAGGGCCAAUUCUUGGAUUGGGCAACGUUACCAUAACCAGCAGAAACUGUGAUGUCUGACAUCACAAAUUACACGUUGAACGUUUUUUGAAAAACAAAAAUGUGGCAUUUCGGAAUAUUCAGGUGUUUCUCAUUCUAUGACUGUUAAGAUGUUGCAAGUGAGUGUUCAGUGCUCCAGGAUGUACAUAGUAAACAUUCCAUGUGUGUUCAUCAAAUCAGUGAAACUGAAGAGAGAAGGACAUCAAAAAAUCUGGGGGACAGGAGAGGCUCAGUCUGCUUCCUUGACAGCUUAAGAUGUUAAAAUUAUAUUUUUCUUGAACAGGAUUAUCACUUAGUUUAUUCCUUGGCCUUUAACCCAACUCGCUUCUCAGUCUGUGAGGGAGAGGAGAUAGGAGGAGGUCCUAUAUUUCAUUAACUAGAAAAUUUAGUCGUUCUUUUUCGGCCAUACUUUUUAAUAAUUGAUUUUCAGCUAAUGAGAUGGCACCAGAACUCUUGCACAAUUAUAUGAUGUUUAACACACUUUAUUACCUUAAAUUCUUCCCAGGCACAGUAAAGCUGAACAAACUGACAGUCGUUCAUUUUUAUUUGUAUGUGGUUUUACUGUUGUUUCCAAGCUCUUCUCCUCCCUUUGCCAGGUUAGACAUGGCUUUAAAAUGGCUCAAGCUGAUGUCAAUUUAUCAAGCACCUUUCUGUUUGUGAUUUAGUGUGGUGUUCCGGUAGCAAACAUUCACGUUAUUUUUUUGAUGAGCUAGAUAAGUGUGCAAUAAAGGUUAUGUUCAUCUACAUUUUGAAAGUAACUUUAAAUGUUACUCUAAAUUGAGAGAAGAUUACAGUCUACUGGAUUGACGAAACCUGAGCGACCUAAUUAUUGGUUUUAUUACACCCUUUCAUGCUUUUUCAAGUCUACCAUCACUUUUUCCUCACAUCUGUGGUCAUACCCUUUUAAUUAUACAUAGUAAGCUAUUCAUUUUCCUAACACUGGGGGACUGAUACAUAUCAUACCUCUGUAACUGUACUAUAUAUUAGCUAUAGAAACAUUUUCGCUUGGUAUAUAGUAUAGUAUAUUCCUAGGCCUCUUAGAUUCAGUAAAACAGGAGAGACUGCUUAACAGGACCGACUGCUAGUACACAAUGAACAAUUUUAUUCACAGUGAUAUGUUCCUAAUACAGGGAUCUCCAACCCUGGUCCCUGUUCAGUCUUGCAGGUCACCUAUUUACCAAUAAUGGAAGUUCAAUGUUCAGCUAAGGGAACUAAGGACUUUGAUGAUAUUCUGAUUUUGGUUCCAAAUGAUCUCGAAUUUAAUUAACGUACCAAAAAAGUAAUUUUUCAUUAAAAGGCUUAAGUGCUCCAAGCCUUUAGAAAUUGAUGAUUAAAACAGGGGUCUCAAGUUCAGUUCCUGGAAUUGUCUUCUCGUUUUUGGUCAAAUCACAUUCUCAGUUACAGAAGUGGGCUAAUUAUUAAUUGGCUGUAGGAAUGUAACUUCUUACCUGGCUCUGAGGUGUUGUGGGGUAACAGUACCUUUAAAGAAGUUAAUGUCUUCGUGCAAUCAACGUUAAAGGGCCUUAAGAGCACACCUAAAAGUCUAAUUAAGAAAAUAUUUGGGUUAAUUGUUUAAUUGAUAACUUGGGUUGAAACAAAAAAAAAAACAGAAGAGCCAAGAUCCUCAAGGAUCUGAGUUUGAGACUACUGAUUGGUUACCUAUAAAACCUGCCAGCUAGGGUCAAGAACAGCCACUCAAGGACCAAGGUCAGAGUGACCUGCAGGCCCAGUAAAUACCCAUGUACUGUAAAUGCCUUUUUUCAGUUGUUUGAUACCAAAUCAAAUUAUGUUCAGAUAAUAGGAACAUGUAAACAUAAAGCUGCAAUAUGGUCUGGACACAUUCCUUCAAUGCUUACAGUGCUCUUUAAAGUCCUCUUGCUGUCCCGCAAUUCUGCGCACAAUGGCAAUAACAAUCCCCACGUUUUCCCCCAGACACAAAGGGGAUAUGCACUUUCCCCACUUGCACAAAAAAAGGGUGAAAUAAAACAGAUGAAUCUCUGUUUGCGAGGGUUGUGCUAACAAAAUAUUCGGCAGAGUUCAAAGUAAAAAUAUUUCAAAACGCAAUUCCUUAAUGAAUGUGGUAGAAGCCUUGUAGAAUACAACACAGUUCCCGUAUCUUCUGCCAGUCAGGGUGAGAAAUGUUCCCGUCCUCCAAACCAGUGUGUUUAUGGUGAUUAAAAUCACUAUUGCAAAAUCAGUAUAUUACUAUUGUAAAAAAAUCCAGGUUAAGGUUUCCCAGUCCCUACUAGUAUGUCCUGUUAAUAGCUAUUUUCCAGUGUCUCCUACACCCACGGUAUAGGAAUUUAAAAUUGUUUAAAAGCUUGUUUGAAGUUUGUAUAUAGUUCCACUGUAAUAUCAAGCCACUGUGCUAAACAGUAUUUAUGAGCUGCCACACCACACUUUAAUUUAUGCAGUGUGUGGCUUUUGUUUUGUAUUUUUCAAUAUAGAGCUCUUGUGUCUUAUUUAAAUAAAGUUAUUAGCAGAACCAAAACAACACUAUUGGUAAUUGAAUUAAUAUUACACCUUCUUAUAUUUGUUUUUUUUUUACUUUGAUUUUGGGUUUAACAGGAUAGGAGGAGCAGGCUCAGUGACAUUGACAACAGAUAACCCUAGGUACACCUGGGAAUAUCCAUCCUGGUCUUUAUAUAAAGUAGAAUUGUGAAUUAUGCUGAGGCAAUGUGUCAUUUUGGGAACAUCAUGCUUUCAGACUCCAAUGUACAUGGAAUUCUGGUCUCGGUAAUUGAGCUGUAAGAUGUAAUCUGAUCAUGACAAAUGCCAUCAGAAGAAAGCUCUGAUCUAACAUGAAUUAUAAGAUGGACUACUAAACGUGAAAUAUGAAAAGCGCCACAAAGCUGCUUUGACACAAACUUGCAUUGCUUUUGCUUUUAAGCAGUACAUUUGAGGUGCAGGACCCUCAAAUUUUGAACACAUUUUGCUUUGCGAUACUGUAGGUCACUGUAGAUCACACAAUGAAAUGCUUAAAAUGGAGCUAUAAGUGCCGAACAUUUUAAUGUAACAUUAAAACACUGUGUAAACGUAUUCAACAUUCAAAUUCAAACAUUUAAUUUUUUUUGCUCCCUUA